UCUCUUGUCAACGUCAGUGAUUUCUCGAUCUUUUGUUUUUUUUCAGUCUGUGCGGAAGAUUUUCGCAUUUUUCGGUCAUUUACGAGGAAUUUCAACGAAAUUUCGGGUUUGCGAGAGACCUAAUCUAUGGCUGAUGACAACAAGACUGUUGUUACAAGUGAAUUCAAGAAAAUCAAGCUGAAACAGUGAAUGACCACAAACCGCAUUGCACAUUUUUUCUACUAAUUGAGAAACGCAGUGAUUACGUGAAUACGGUAUUUGGGACAAUCUAAGCUGAAAAAAAAACAGAAUUUUGUGAAUAAGAAUGGCGAAAUUUCACGAAAGUCGCACCACUUUCAACUAUUCAUGGGAACAAGUUGCACAAGCGUUCUGGCGAAAGUAUCCAAAUCCCUACAGUUCGCACGUUCUCAGCGAAGACACACUUUGUCGCGAAGUGACCAGAGACGGAAAAUUGCAUUCCAAGCGAUUGCUGACAAAAACAAAUCGUGUGCCCAAGUGGGGCGAGCGAUUCUUCAAGGCCAAAUUCGUGUGUAUCGUAGAGGAAUCGAUUGUGGAUCCAAAGGAAAAAACUAUCGUCACGUACACACGAAAUAUCGGUUUUAACAAAAUUAUGAAUGUGGUCGAGAAAGUGACAUACAGGAUGUCCAAUGAAUCAUCGGCAAAGACUGAAGCAGUGCGAUGUGCCUGGAUUGACUCGCAAGUUUAUGGUUUUUCAACUGCAUUAAAGGCUUUUGGUUUGGAUAGAUUUAAAAAGAAUUGUGCAAAGACGGUGCUCGGUUUUAAUCAUGUGCUUCACCAUAUGUUUCCUGGUGUCCUCAUUUCACAACGAGACAUUGGAAGUCCGGCAGAUAAAAUAAAGGAGGCAGCAAAAACGGCCGCGGAACAAAUUUAUCAAGUAUAUUCAGUAAAAAAUUAGUUCAACUAGUCAAGAUCUCACAGAAAAAAAAAACAAACAGGUUCAAUUUCCUCGAGAACUUUAGCCAUUAACAUUUUAAUUUAAAAAAAAAAACAGUAAAUCUAAUCGUUGAUUUAAAAAGUACAAAGCAGAAGUGGCAGGCCAAUUCAGGCUUUGACACUGCUGAAAAUAUAUUUUAUCUAAAAACUA